AUGUCAAGUCAAAUCAGUCAAGAAGAACAGCUAAUUGAGCUACUAUUGCAUCUCAAGAAAACAACACCAGAGCAGGCGCGCGCCAUUCUCUCAUCACAACCUCAGAUCGCGUAUGCUCUGAUAGCUCUGAUGGUAAAGAUAAAUGCAGUAGAUGUGCAGGUCCUCCAGAAAACAGUAACUACCUUCUCCGCCGGGGCCCAGCCCCAACCACCGGCACAAAUGCAACCCCUGCAACCCGCUCCUGCUAUUCCACCGCAUCUCUCGCAGUAUCGCACUCCGACGCCACAAGCUCAUACUCCUCCUCACGCACCGUCGCAUACUCCGGCACCUUCACUCUAUUCAAAUGGGCACGGACGAGGGCCUAGUAGUAAUACGUAUUCUGGCACAGGAUCUUACCCUAGUCCUUCCAACGGGUAUGCUGCACCUCCGGCAGGCACGGGAAUGGGUGCGGGAAUGAUCCCCGAUGCACUGGCUGCGAUACCUGAUGAACAGAAAGCGAUGAUUAUGCGUGUAAUAGCCAUGACCCCAGAACAGAUACAUCAGCUCCCUCCGACAGAGCGUGCAAACAUUAUUCAGCUGCGAGCAACCCUUGGUCUUCCGUCGUGA